AUGACGAAGCAUCUGGCAGCGGCGGGCCGGCAGAGCGGCGCGCAGCCGGCUCCGGAGCGGCCGCCGCGCCGCAGCGGCAGCGUGACGGGUGAGUCAGCGCCGCGGAGAGAGUCCAGGGAAUCUGGCGCUCCGCCGGGGGCGCCAAUCCAGGCGGCCGGGGCCCCCCGCCCCAGCCGGGACCCCCCGGAAAACGGCGGCCGCCGGCCGAGCGGCAGUGGCGCGCCCCCCGGCGAGCGCAGACCGUCGGCCUAUCCUGCGGUGUACGGGGCCGGCAGUGAGAGCAACGGCUACCCUGCUCCCGUGCAUUACCCUGCAGUCACCGACGCACCAUGGCGGAGGGACAGCGCGGCAGCGGCAGCCGCCGCAGCAGUCGCACACGGCGCGCAGCUGCAGCCGCCGCAGCCGCAGCCGGCGGCGGAAUGGCCAGACGCGCACGGCGAGUUGGUCACCUCGGAGGACGGUGCAGAGAAGCCGCCGAUGUACAAGGCAUUUGCAUUCAACGAUGCCGAGCGCGCGGAUCUGGCGGCUGCCGGCGGCAUCGGCAUGCUCGGCUACCGGUUCCACCGCAGGACCACCGUCAACUGGUACGCAUGGCUGCUGUUUCUGUUCUACCUGGGAGCUAUCGGCUUCUACCUCUACGUGCGAAUUACCAAGACCCUCGACCUCGGCAAAUAUUACCAAUGGUAUGGCAUUCUUCUGCUGGUGGUGGAGUGCAUGGGAGCCAGCACAGUGCUCACCUAUGGCAUCUGGCUGCUCUACUCCCCAGUGCAGGAGGACUUCCCCGAAGACCCCCACAACCCUGGCCUGCCCAAGGUGAAGCUGAAGUACCAUGUGCGAGUUCUGGUCCCCUGCUACAAGGAGGAUCUGGACAUCAUUCAGAAGACUGUCUUGGCCGCUCUCGAUGCCACGCUGCCGGCCGGAUGCGCUCGGACUGUGUACUUGUGCGACGACGGGAAAGACCCUGAGAAGCGCGAAUGGAUAGGAACGCUCGGACCGGACGUGGUGUAUGUGAGCGGGCGCUUCCGCAAGAACGGCGAGAUGAACGGCAAGUCCGGCAACCUCAACAACUGCGCCCGCCAAAUCUACCCCCCGGAGAUCCCCAUCCCCGGCAACGAGCUGAUGUGCAUCUUCGACGCGGACCAAGUCGCGCGAAAAUGUUUCUUUCUGCGCACGCUGCCGCUGUUCGAUGCCGGGGACGACGUGGGCAUGGUUCUGUCGCCGCAGUGCUUUCACAAUCUGAACUAUCACACGGACAUCUUCAACCACUCCAACCGCCAGUUCUGGGAGUACAUGCAGCCCGGCUAUGACGCCUGGGGAUUCAUCUCCUGCACCGGCACCAAUUUCCUGAUGCGUGCCAAAGCGUUCAUGGAGGCCGGAGGCAGCCCCACGUACACGCUCACAGAAGACUUUGCGCUGGGCAUGGAAAUGAAGAAGUAUGGCUGGCAGUGCCGCUACGUGCAGGAGUACCUGGCCGUAGGCGAGGCUCCGGACGAGAUCCGUAACUGCUUCCAGCAGCGCUCACGAUGGACCAAGGGCCACUUCCAGAUAAUCCUCAACCCGCGGCGCACGCCGCUGUUCCAGUGGAAGCUGCGGCUCUUUGAUCGCAUAAUGUACUGCAGCGGAUGCUGGUCAUACACCGUGGGCGCUGUCACCACUCCAGUCUUCAUCGCAAUCCCCAUCCUCACCAUCUGGAUCGGGAUUUUCCCAGUGGUCAUCUCGAGGGAGUUUGCGCUCGCCCUGACCAUCUACACGGCUGCCACGCACCUGCUUCUCUACUACGUCCGCAAGCUCAGCCAUUUUGAGGCGUUGUGGUUUGCGAACGUGGCGAACAGCAUCCUGUGGUGGGCCUUUGCGUUCAAGGCUACUGCCAAGGGCAAGGGUAGACUGGCGAACAGUGCUGCUGGGGACAUCUGGCUGCACUGCCUGGCAGUCAUUGUGCUCGUUGCCACCAUGGCCAUCGGCAUCUGGCAGCUCGUGGCAGGCGCACAGGCGCUGUCUCCGCUGCUGAUAUCGGUGCUGUGGGCGGCUUUCGCGAUGGUCCCCCCCUUCCUGCUGGUGUCCUACGCGGCGGUGGGGGGUCCGGGGGUGAUCAUGCGAAUCCUGUGCUUCUUCUGCGGCAUAAUCUCCACCGGCACCGGCCUCGCCGCAGUCGGCAUUCUCUGGGCCAUCCCCAGCUACAACUCCAAGGAGUUCAGCGGGGGCUUGAUAUCCCAGAAGGACAUCGGAGUCCUCUUCAGGUACAUUCACGACGCGCCACAGCGCUUUGGCCGCUGAUAGCUGUCUUUGCUGUGGACAAUCUACUUGAAGAUGUGUAUUUUUGGGAGUCCAGGAAGUCAUCCAUUUAAUCCCGCAGAUAUUACUAUACCAUAGCAGUUGCCUUUUACAAGAAGUUUUUGGGUCUGUUGUGAAGUAUGAGCUGGGCAGGAAUUAUUAUACAAAGCUACAAUCGUGUCAGCGCCAUGUGUGUUCUGUUUGAGCUGAGCCUGAUAUGGCGGCUUUCAAUCAAAAUAGGCACGUUACUUAUCGAGAAACAGGGGACAAGUCAGACCUGGGUGCAGCAUGAUGUCAGGAAACAUUGAUGGUGCCUCAAUAUCAAAAUUAGACCCACAGUAUUGAUUUUGUUGAGAGUUAUCUUGGACAACGUACCUGUGGCUCUGUGUAGCUCUGGCCAGUGCCACAAGAAGCAUGCAACUGGAUUUGAAGGCGGCAGGCAAUUCCAUGCCGAGGUUAUUUGGUUGGGUGGAUUGCCAUUCUGAACAGGUCACUGUAUGGCCUGUGUGUGCCCAGUGGGAAUGCCGGUUUCAGCUGUAAGAAAAAUUCAAUG